GAUUAUCCUCAUUUCUGAUUUCAUUUUGAUUAUCCUUCAAUUCAAUUUGUUGCUGUUAUCAUCGAGUAUUAUCACAUCAUGGAUUCUGUUUGUGGAUUUUAGACUCGCUGUAAUCGUAGCAAUCGAUGGGUGUCGAAGGGGAAGACAGAAGCAGAAAAUGAUGGUGUCUCGUCCCUUCGACGAUGAUGGCUACAUUGGCUACGAUCCUCGCCCUCCGUCUCAGCGAUUUGACUCGUGCUCCAACUUCGACGUUGGCUCAGUCAAGGACUCACCGCUUCUUGAGACUCCGUCGCCGCCACCAAUCGGUGGCGGUAGUGGUGGAUUCUCGAAAUUCUCAGCUGAGGAGAACGGAAAAAUCUUGACAGCAGUGUUUUGGUAACCAAAAAGCAGUGAAAAGCCAAAAAAAAAAAAAAUUCCUGUAUUUAGGCAAAUACCAAAAAUAAGCCUUGCUUUUGAUAAAAAAAUGCAGGCAAAGACAUCAAUAAUUUGGGACUUUUGACAUGGGCAUUACCUGCGUUUCUUUGAGUGAUUGCGUUUUCAAUAAAUGCAGAAGAAAAUA